UUGUAGACAACAAUGCAGCACGGGUCACUUCAACAACGUGUGAGUUUGUUUGCCAGCACACCUCUGCUGACUGCUGCGCGUGUACGGGCUACUUUUGAUGAGCAAGAAUCGGGUAGAAGGACCACACUUGUUCCAGUGCGGAGACAACGAGCGGCGGCGGCAUCCGAGAAUCGAGGUGCUAGCACAGCAACACCACUCAUGUUCAAACCGACCCAUGAAUGGAAGGAGAUCCUUCCCAACCAAGUACUUCCAGCAGGUCUCCACAUCCGGGUCAACUUGCAGACUGGUCAGAAGGAGGCAAAAUUGCUCGACUGAUGAUCGUAUCUCUUAACAUGAAGCUAUGUCUGCCUUCCUCGUAUCUACAUAUUCGGUGUAUGCAGAGCAUUGUCAUUUGUAGCCUCGCAGCCACGUGUCGUUCAUAGCCAAGAACCACAAGAACUGCAUUUUGCUAUUCUCGAACUUCUUUUAUGUUGCUCCAAUGACUUAAGUUGCAAAUCAAGGUUUAUGUUGCGAGAAAGUUGCUGCAAUAAUCGAUG